AUGCUGCUGCCGCCAGAUGAGGACAGCCUGUCUGGGGACGCCAGCCACCUGAAGAUGUCCACCUCCCAGAUGAAGAGGAAGAAACGCCGGCACAGGACAGUGUUCACAGCUCACCAGCUAGAGGAACUGGAGAAGGCUUUCAAUGAAGCUCACUACCCUGAUGUCUAUGCCCGGGAGAUGCUGGCAGUGAAGACAGAGCUGCCAGAGGACAGGAUACAGGUUUGGUUUCAGAACCGAAGAGCCAAGUGGCGGAAGCGGGAGAAGUGCUGGGGCCGGAGCAGCGUGAUGGCAGAGUAUGGCCUCUAUGGGGCCAUGGUGAGGCACUCCAUCCCUCUGCCCGAGUCCAUCAUCAACUCUGCCAAGAGCGGGCUGGUGGGAUCCUGCGCCCCGUGGCUACUGGGCAUGCACAAAAAGUCCAUGGAGGUGAGCAGGAAGGCGGAGAGGCAAGAGAAGCUGGCAGAUGGCUGGCGAGCAGAGCAGGAGGAGGAGGAACUCAAAGGGAAGCAGGCCAGUUCCCAGAGGGGCUCUGACAAGCUUGACCCUGCAAAAGAUUCAGAGGACACAGCCAUCGACCUCUCCAGGACAGCCAAGCACGAGAAGAGGGGUGUACUGAGACAGUGCAUCAAUGGGGACCCCCCCAUGGAGCAGAAGGACAGGGACCACUGA